UAUUGAGAGAAACAUGAUGGGUACUCAUUAAUUUUACAACAUCUCCAGGUACUUAAACACUUAGGCUAAUACUCCAAGAAACAAGUGAUGAAUUUAUAUGAAUGAGUGAAAAACAAACACGUAAAAUAAUGACAUAUAGUAACAAUGAAUAAACAAAGAGAAUUACUCUCACAGCCAAAAAUUUCAGUACUAAGACCUUUAUGAUAUGGCAAAACCCAUGGAUUAAACAAGUGCAACACAGCAUGUGGAGUUGUAAACAUUUAAUCAUGGUUGUCCGUUUUUUUAUGAUCAUGGGAAGCCAAAACUGCGAUUGAGAUUGAAAUUGAAACUUGAAUAACUUUCAAGCACUAGUAUCACCUGUGGAGCAAACCAGGAGAGUUUAAAAAAUCUGAAGUGAUUUUCUAAAGUUUUUGCAAACAGAACCUGGCAUCUCUGGCUCCUUUGUACUACAUAUCAAGUACUGCCUCCGUUAUGUGAACAGUAUGUAAGGUUAUUUUAACCUAAAUAGAAACAGGCAUUUACAUUAUAGAAUUGUGGUUUAGACCUGAAAGGGAAGGCACAAGGCUUAUUCAGCCCUCAUGUAAAAUCAAUUAAAAUAUGUUAAAAAUAUUCCUUAAAGGGUUUCUUUGAUGAAAUGUAAUUUCCUAAACCACUGAGAUGUACUAGUGAGCAUUUACAGCUGCAGGAUAGGAGAUUGACUCAAAACAAGAAGAAGAGACAAGAGAAAAAGACAUUCAUGACUUUGUUUCACAGCCAAACAUAUUUGGUUUUGUUUUGCUGACAAAAAAAAAGAGAAAUGUCACAAGCUCAAUUCUCAAUUCUUCACGAAUGUCCUAUGAGCACUGCUUUCAAUAUCAUAAGAUUGAUGAGAUCAGAAUGAUUUUAAUUGUGGCACCUGGUCCGAGUCUCUGCUGGGGGUCCUCUGUUAUUGCUCACCCCAUGGACUGUAUGAGGUCUGGCCUCUGCAUUCACCAAUCAAAGCUGAAAACAGACACUGAUUCAUGAAUGAUUCAUGGUGUGGGCGGGAGUUUCUGUUGGUGAGAGCCAAACAGAGGGUGAGACAGUUGGAGUGUGACAGGCUGGCUGGCGAAUGGUGCAGAGGCAGGGCUAAAAGCAAAGAGCCAAUGAUGAAGAGAACCCCCCCUGUUCAGCUGAGACAUGAAGCACUGCAAGGAGUGGCGAAGCGAAGUGAGCAAGUGCACGACUGGUGGGUGAAAGCGCAUGAGAGUGCCGAAGAGGAAAACAGGUCGAGGAGUGAACGCGGAGGAGGGAGAGAGUGGAAGACAGAGCAUUAGGUGAAGCAUCAAAAAUAAGAGACUGCAUCCGAUGUCUGGCAUCUUUCAAGCCUGAGGCGCACUUACACAUACACAGAAACCAUGGCAAACACCACCACCUCAAUACAACCAAGUAAUUUCCCAUGGCACCCAGAGGCAGCCCCACUCUCCCACGUGUCUCUGCAGGUCCAGGAGGUCUACCCUUUCCAUGAUGGCUGGAAUGUGGCCUGCUUCAUCAUCCUCCUGCUCUUCAUCCUCACUGUCCUGUCUCUGGCGGCCUUGGCCGUGCUUUAUGAGCUACUGGACUGCGGCUGUUGUGCCAAAGGGAAAACGCAUCAGCAGUUACAGGAGGAGGGGCCAGGAGGCUGCAGCAAACUUAUGACAAGCAUUUGCAAGGAGCCAGAAUCCCACACUGAGGUGGUAUAGUGGCGACGAGGACGGAGAUGAAGAAGAGGAGUGGGGUCUCUUUGUUGAACUCAUAAUGAUCAAAACAAAGAUCCUGAUUCCCUGAGAAGAGAACUUUUUGCAACUGGCAACAGUGGUACACUUGUGCCAGUGCUUACAUUUAGAUGGAUGCAGAGGGUAAAAGGAAAGACAACAGAACAGAACAUUGUUCAAAAGGAGAGGGGCAGUUCUACACUGAUUUGGAGCUAGGCCUUUCAUUACCAAAGGACUAAAUCCACACAAGCUACAUUCACUACCACUAAACACACACGGCAGGCACUUUGAGGUCAAAAAUCCCACCAAAAAACUACCAAAAGAAAUAAGAGUGCACACAGCUAGUCUUGUAUUAACAGUAAAAUGAUGGUACUUAAAUUUGGACAAGGAAAUUUGUGACAUUAAUGUAAAAACACACAUGCUAGAUUUAGUAGAAGUUAGGUCAAAACAUCUGUCCCUAUGAGUACUGCACAUACAUGUGACCUGCUGGAUGCAAAUAAGCUCCUACAACACAAAACAACUAUAUACAACAAAAAAAGGCUGUAUAGACAAGAAGUGCUGUCUUAAUUGAAGGAUUUGUGUUUGCCAGUACCACUAGGAGACCUGGCAAACAAUGAAAAAGUGAUUAAGCUUAGCUGAGCAUCAUUGCUUUAGACAAAGCCAGUGUUUCUCUGUUCUUUAGUGAACUGUAUUUCAGUGUUGUUAAGCAUCGCAACAUUAUCUCAUGACAAGUCAAGUCAUACAAGAUUGCUGGACAGUGAUGUAAUCUAUCAUGACAUAUUGAGCACAAUGUAUGAUUUCAUAUGCCUUAACACAAAAUGCCUAAUAAACUGU